AUGGCGAUUGAAUCUUUAUUAAUAAUCAAUAAAUCUGGUGGUCUACUGUACCAACGGAAUUUCAUAGACAAGCCACCACAAUCACAAGCACCCAAUCAACCGGAACCACAACAACAAUUGAACAGUAAUGAUUAUUUGAUUCUGGCCAGUACGUUACAUGGUGUCUUUGCCAUUGCAUCGCAAUUGACACCUAAGGCAUUACAACUUUCACAGAAUGAUAUCGAUUAUACGAUACCGUACAUACCUAACGUUGGGAUGCCUACCAAUGGUGGAAGAACCGGUAAUGGAUCGACGGUUGGUGGCGGUAGUGGUUCUUCUGGUCCUGGUAGCAAUAAACUUGGUAGUUUCAAGGGAGAUGAUUUUUUCAAGGAUUCAUUUGUUAGUUGGAAUAAGAGUGGAUUGAGACAGUUAUGCACUGAUCAAUUUACGAUGUUUAUCUAUCAGACAAUGACAGGGUUGAAAUUCGUAGCGAUAAGUACCACAGUGAUGCCGCAACAGAAGGUGGCCACGCCUUCGGGGACAGAUAAAUUGGAUCGUUAUGGGAACUCCUCCAAUCUAGCCAUUCAAAUCGCAGAUAAUUUCUUGAGGAAAGUUUAUUGUCUGUAUAGUGACUACGUGAUGAAAGACCCAUUCUAUUCGAUGGAGAUGCCAAUAAAGUCUGAUCUGUUCGACAAGAAGGUGCGUGCCAUGAUCAAGAACAUGAACGAGUAG